AUGAGAUGGGGGUGCCAAUUUGGACCUGCCGAUCUGGAUGUCAUCCUGGAGGCUGACAAGCUCAAGGUCUUCCACAGGUUCGGCUUGCUGGGUGACAGAUUCUUCCCUAGGGUCUUCAGGGCAUUCAGUGCCAGUGCGAAGAGGGGCUUGAGCGAUAGGUGGAUUUCACUGCUGAAGCAUAGCAGCUUCAGACACCAAGUUGGUCGCCGCGCACCGUGCCUGUGCCAUGGGGGGUUAGGAACUUCAGCAGCAACAUAUGUGUGGAAAUGA